AAAGAACACAAUAGAAAGACAAAAUUUCAUAAGAUUUUUAUCUCUAAACAUAAACCACUGGUGAAACAAAAUAAUAGUGGAGUGAAUCCUUACAAAUGUAGUGAACCUGACAAAUGCUUUACCCAGAGAGACAAUCUUCAAAGUCAGCAGAGCGUUUGUCCAGGAAAGAAACCUCACAAAUGUAGUGAAUGUGAAAAAUGUUUUACACAAAAAUUCAAUCUUAGCAUCCAUCAGAGAAUUCAUACAGGAGAGAAACCUCACAGAUGCUGUGACUGUGACAAACGCUUUGCCACAAAAGGCCAACUUAGUAUUCAUAAGCGAUAUCAUACUGGAGAGAAACCUUAUAAGUGUACUGAGUGUGAAAAAUGCUUUACUGUACAAGGCAUUCUGAGAAUUCAUCAGAGAAUUCAUACAGGAAAGAAACCUUACAAAUGUAGUGAAUGUGACAAAUGCUUUACUAAAAAAGACAGUCUGAGAAUUCAUCAGAGAAUUCAUUCUGGAGAGAAACCUUACAAAUGUAGUGGAUGUGACAAAUGCUUUACCUACACAGUUAGUCUGAGAAAUCAUCAGAGACUUCACUCAGGAGACAAACCUUACAAAUGUAGUGAAUGUGACAAAUGCUUUACUGAAAAAGGCAGUCUGAGAAAUCAUCAGAGACUUCACUCAGGAGACAAACCUUACAAAUGUAGUGAAUAUGACAAAUGCUUUACUAAAAAAGGCAGUCUGAGAAGGCAUCAGAUAAUUCAUUCAGGAAAGAAACCUUACAAAUGUAAUGAAUGUGACAAAGGCUUUGCCAUACGAUCUUAUCUUUCUAGUCAUCAAAGAAUUCAUACAGGAGAGAAACCUUACAGAUGCACUCAAUGUGACAAAUGCUUUGCCCAACCAUCGAAUUUUAGUGUUCAUCGGAGAAUUCAUACAGGAGAAAAACCUUUCAAAUGUAGUGAUUGUGACAAAUGUUUUACUGAAAAAGACAGUCUGAGAAGGCAUCAGAGAAUUCAUUCAGGAGAGAAACCU